GCUAUUUUGUUUAUACAGAAGUUUCUUGCUCAGCAAUUCUCAGUCUUGUCUUGUCUUGUUGUUCACGAUGUACUCUCUCCUCUUCUUCUUUUCCCUCCUCCUCUUUCUCCUGGUCUCCACUGUGUCCACUAAAUCUCUAAGACAUGACAAUAAUGCCCGCUACUCCAGUACUUCUGGCUACCAGACCAUCAGUUAUUACUCCUCAGUGACCUUCUCUGAUGAUUCCAAGGCCUAUACUCGUACUCUCACAGGACAGGUUGCUGGCUACAGUAACCUCACCAGUACACCUGUUAGAGGGUCCUUCUAUGCACCGGGAGAUAUUUUCAACACACUCUCGUGCAUCCAAGAGAGAAAACGGUCCCCACUCUACUCUCCACACAAUAUCUCAGCUCCUUUCAUUCUUGUUCUUCGACUAGGAGAAUGUGACCAUUAUUCUCAGGCCAAAUUUGCUCAAGAUCUAGGAGCCAGUGGCGUCCUCUUCCAUGCUCCACAGUCCAAGUCCAGCCUUACAAGCUACUUAGCAACAAGCUUGGAUAUUGUAGUAGCUUUCAUAAAAGUGCCGGAUGCAACCAUGAUUAAAUAUAAGACCAUGUUAUCUUCUAAUGCUACAGUCACUCUCAGGGUUAGGAGUGUUACAAGCUCCAUUCAUGCUUCUCAGACAUUCUAUUUUGUUGUGUUUGCUUUCUCUGUCCUUGUUCUCCUCUCACUGACCUGGUUUAGUAUUACUUACAUUAGAAGAUGUCAUCAACACUUCAGCAGGAAAUAUCAAAGGAGACGCCAAAGGAGAGAGACUUCCAGAGCAAUGUCGGCUCUACCGACUAAAAAAUACAAAAUAUCCAAGGAUGCUGACUCAGCGUCUAUCAGUUCAAGUGAUGAGCCAACUUGUGCUGUUUGUCUUGAAAAUUUCAAACACAAUGACAUCAUCAGACCACUUCCCUGCAGUCAUGAGUUCCAUAAGAAGUGCAUUGAUCCGUGGCUCGAGAGCAAAGGGAACUGUCCUUUAUGUAAAUCAAGUAUACUGCACCGACAGACUAAUGUUACUGUGUCGCUGAGUGUUCCUCCUUCAACUGAAGAACCAGCUGCAGUUGCUACUGGUGCCAAUGGUGAGGUAUUUGAACUAAUGGCACAGAACUCAUCAACUGAACUGAUACCAUCAGAGGAAGGACAGGAAGGGGAGGGACGUCAGGAGGAGGAGGAGGGGAGAAGUGGGAGGAGCCUCAGCAGUUCAGUAUCGACUAGUGACCCACUCAUUAACUGAAUAAUAAACAACUCGUUAAUUAUUUAAUUUGUUGUUGUUUAUUGUUGUUAUUGUUCUAUAGCUGACCAUAAUUAUUGACUUCAUUGUUAGUUUGUUUUGUUGAGAUGUAGGAAA